CUAUUCCGCAUGCGUUGCUUUCCUCUCCCGGUCUCUUUUUUUCCCCCGGGGUGGAGCAGCAAGAGUCAGUAAUGCCCAUGCAGCUGGCGAGAGGAGCCAUGGCCAAUUUCCGUCUCGCCCUCAUCCAGCUUCAAGUGUCUGCUGCGAAAACAGAGAAUGUGAGCCGGGCCUGUGGGUUUGUAAGGACUGCGGCACAACAAGGAGCAAAGCUUGUGGUCCUGCCUGAAUGCUUCAAUUCCCUGUAUGGCACAAAAUAUUUUUCAGAAUAUGCAGAGAAAAUUCCUGGAGAAUCCACACAAAAGCUCUCAGAAGUUGCAAAGGAAUGUGGCGUCUUUCUCAUUGGAGGUUCUAUUCCAGAAGAGGAGAAUGGGAAACUGUAUAACACAUGCACAGUUUUUGGACCAGAUGGCACAAUGCUGGCCAAACACAGAAAGAUUCACCUGUUUGACAUCGAUGUUCCUGGGAAAAUCCGUUUUCAGGAAUCAGAAACGUUAAGUCCUGGUGACAAGUUCUCUAUGUUCGAUACUCCAUACUGUAAAAUAGGACUUGGGAUCUGCUAUGACAUCCGUUUUGCUGAGCUUGCCCAAAUCUAUACACAGAAAGGUUGCCACCUCCUGGUGUAUCCGGGGGCUUUUAACUUGACAACUGGGCCAGCCCACUGGGAACUGCUCCAAAGAGGACGAGCCGUCGAUAACCAAGUAUAUGUGGCCACUGCAUCUCCUGCUAGGGAUGAAAAGGCAUCCUAUGUAGCCUGGGGACACAGCACUGUAGUAAAUCCUUGGGGGGAGGUCAUAGCUAAAGCAGGCACUGAAGAAACAGUUGUGUAUGCAGAUAUAGACCUCAAGAAGCUUGUGGAGAUUCGUCAGCAGAUUCCUAUUCAUUCCCAGAAACGUUCUGACCUUUACGCUGUAGAAGCAAAAACUGCAUAAUGCUUUAUAGUGAUUCUGAUCGCUGCACUUUCUGUAUCCAUCUCUAUUCAAAUCAAGUAAAAGAAUAUGUACGUUUCACAUAAAAAAACUAAACCAAGUUUUAUAGAUGAUUGGAUUAAAUCCAUAAAAUAUCUAGAGGUAGCAAGUUGAAGCCAAGAGGCAUAUCUGUGUUCUUUGUAUAGGUACUUGUAUACUUCAACCAUUUCAUAGUUCAUAAGCCACCAGCAGUGCCUUGUCCAUCAAGCAUAUGUGAAAAAAAAAUGAAAUACCAGUAGUAAACUAUUCUGGCCAAUACAUUUUGAAAAGGCAAGAGCCUUUUCUGGUUCUGUUGGCAUUAUGCAAGAUUCACACUUCUCCAUCAUCCUUCUUGCAAGUCCCAGUCUUUCCUUGGUUUCUUGAAAAGUAGUCUAAUACAGUGUUUCUCAGUUUUUAGUCCUUUAGAUAUCUUGGGCUUUAGCCUGCAGAAAUCCUAGUCAAUAUGGGCAGUGGUCAGAAAUUCUGAGGGAAUAAAGUCCCAAGCAUUUGAAGAGCCAAAGUUGGAAAACCAUUAAUCUAAAGCAGUGGUUCUUGAACUUGCAUCCUUGAUUUAUUAUAGACCUCCCAUCCAAAAGUCUUAAUUGAGGCUUCUGGAAGUCAAAAUCCAAAAUAUCUGGAGGACCAGAAGUUUAAAGGUCAAUAAGCUAAAAGUCACCACUAUGCCAUCACCUUAUAUAUGUGCUCUACAACAAGAUUUACAUUGAAAAAUCUGAUGAAAAGAGAACCAUAAGCCCAGGAAAGGUAUCAAGAGAUAACCACUGCCUAUCACAAGGAAUACAUUAUCCUGCCCUUGUCUCUGGCUAAUUAGCCAGUAUGCUGCACACAUUAAAAAGAAGCAAAAAAACAUCAACAGUGGAAUAAAAUUUAUUAGUAAUAAAAACAAUUCUGAUAUUCA